GAGAAAAAGUAAAGGAAAGCUCAAGGAAAAAAGUUACAUCCUUCUCCAUGAAGUAGUUUCCAAUACGAUCAGGUUCCUUCUAAGCGAAGUCGCUUCUGCCAUUGCGCGUUUUCAGCUAUAUAGAUGAUAACCACGGAGCAGUUAAGGAGACAACGGUAUCUCGCUUAUCAUUUUCAACAGUAUCAUGGGAAAAGAAAACGUCUCUGAUCUCGAUUUUGCUGAUGAUUUCUGCAUCUCUGCGCUCUUCGUCCUCGAUAGUGAAGAACAUCAGGAAGGAGUCGUUUCAUUUCCAGACGACAUAUUCGCCGAGGCGCUACAGCUUCAAGAGGCCUUAAUGAAAUCUGUGAUCAAUUCUCAAAUGAAGAUGACUAAUCCAUCAUCGGUUUUGAUGAUUGAAGCACCUCCAGAGCAAAAUCUCCAGGAAUCUGGUCAGUCCUCCUCCAGUUUCUGCGAGAUUUGUGCGGAAACGAAAGAAAGUAAUCAAAUGUUCGCAACUGAGAGAUGUGCUCACUCUUACUGCUACGACUGUAUAACCAAACAUGUGGCUACAAAGAUUCAAGAUAGUAUUACAAAAUUUACUUGUCCUGGAUUGAAUUGCAAGGCAGUGCUUGAAUUGGAGACUUGCAGGGUUAAGCUCUCCAAGGGAGUGAUUGAUCGUUGGGAAGAAGCGUUAUGCGAGGAGCUGAUCAGUGCAUCGCAGAGGUUUUAUUGCCCAUUUAAGGAUUGUUCAGCCAUGAUGGUGGCCGAUAGUGAAGGAGAAUCCAUUACGGAAGCUGAGUGCCCUUUCUGCCAUAGAUUGUUCUGUGCUCGAUGUCAUGUACCUUGGCAUUCUGGGGUUGAGUGUGAGGUGUUUCAGAAGCUGAAUGAAGAUGAAAGAGGACGAGAAGACCUGAUGGUGAUGGAAAUUGCAAAGGAAAAGAAAUGGAGUAGAUGCCCCAAUUGCAAAUUCUACGUGGAAAGAACAGAAGGCUGCCCACAUAUUACUUGCAGGUGCAGUUUUCAGUUCUGCUAUGGAUGCGAAUCGGAGUGGACUGAAACUCACGGUGGUUGCCAGAGAGAAUAACUUACUUGGCUGUAGAGUGGUAUGCAUUUACACUAAAAGAAACCUCUAUAGGAAGUAGCUUCCUCAACGGGGAACGGUGUGUGUGAAGAAAGCUGUGUUAGCAGAUAAUGAUAUGUGAAUAUGGUUUAAAGAGCAACUUGUACUAACCUAUGGCCUAUAAUGGUCUCUUUAUUUUUAUAUUUAUCUUAAUUAAUCUAUCAUCUCUUGGCAACACUAGUUAGAGAAUUCCCUGAUGAUUAGGGUUCAAUUCCUCUUCAUUUCUCCAAAUUUCUAUAAAAAAAAUUCUAGAAGUGAGAACUGCUUGCCUAGUAGUAUUUGAUGCAAUUCAUUUUUCA